AUGCCAUCAUCGACACCACCACCACCACAAAAUUUUCUCCCACUACCAUCACCAGUGGCUGGGCAGAGGAUUCGUAUUAACCUUGGGGAAAUCAAACUAAAACUAGUUAAGAGGAUUGGUCCAGAGCGAGCAAAGAAGUACUUUGAGCACCUGCAGAGGUUUUUGUCUUUGAAGCUGAGCAAGACUGUAUUUGACAAGUUCUGCCUCACAAUACUUGGUCAUGAUAACAUUCAGCUUCAUAACCACCUCAUUUGCUCUAUUCUCCACAACGCCUGCCAAGCAAGUGGCCCACCGACAGUCAGUACACCUAAAUCAAUUGGAGUUGCCAAGAAUUCAAAUCAUGUUUUAAGUCCUACAGUCCCUGUCUCUGACAUUGGUGAUGUUCUGCAUCAUCAUCCUCAACAAAGUGAACUUGUGGAACAACUGUCCAAACGAUCAUGUGUGGAGAAUGCAUAUUCAAAUUUAUCUGACUCCACAAAUCGCAACUGUCCUGGUGUCUCUGGUAGAGAAUAUGUGGAAGCGGUUGCACAGCAUGUUCGAGGUCCCAUAACUGCCCCACUAGGGGUUGCCUUCUGUUCUGGUCAUAUUGGUCAUUUUGGUGGGAAUUUGAGAACUUUGACACUUCCCUCUAGUGCUAGCAGUGAUGACUCUAUUUGUUGUUAUGACCUUGGUCAGCUGUGUGAUACUUCAUCACUGAGACAGCGUAUGGGAAGAAUAGCAGAAACAGAAGGGUUAGAUGGUGUGUCAUUAGAAUGUGCUAAUUCAUUGAAUAAUGGAGUUGAUUUUUUCUUGAAACAGCUUAUUGGAUCUUGUAUGGAGCUAGUAUCAGCAAGAUCUCAGCAUGAUCGAAUAAAUCAUAUGGCACUAAAGCAACAGUUAAGUCAAAAGCUAAUAAAUGGUGUGCAGCUGCAAAAAUCAGGUCCAUGGUCAAGUGCCACUACAUGUCCACAAAUCCGCUCAGUUUCAUUGCAAGACUUCAAGGCUCUAUCAGAGACAAAUCCUCAGCUGCUUGAAGUCAAUGCAUCAUUGGUACUUGAAAAAUGA